AACCCAGCGAGAGAACGAGUGACGACGACGAACUGCUAACGAGUUAGCCGGUUAGCUCCGGUUAUCUAAAUGUGAGAGCGCGCUGGAGGUGAUUUAUAUGAUAUAGAAUAAUACCCCAGAACAGUUUGAGUUUUAUUUUAGCGUAUCCAGCCAGGUCUAGCAGCCAUGCCCAGCAAAAAGAAGAAAUACAACGCCAGAUUCCCUCCGGCACGGAUUAAGAAGAUUAUGCAGACAGAUGAAGAAAUAGGAAAAGUGGCUGCUGCAGUACCUGUUAUUAUUUCGAGAGCCCUGGAGCUUUUUUUGGAAUCGCUGCUUACAAAGGCCUGUCAUGUCACCCAGACUAGGAAUGCAAAGACAAUGACAACAUCACAUCUGAAGCAAUGCAUUGAGCUGGAGCAACAGUUUGAUUUCUUGAAAGAUCUGGUGGCAACGGUGCCGGACAUGCAGGGCGAGGGUGACGAGAACCACACAGAAGGGGGAGGAGAAAAAGUCUCACGCAGGGGUCGAAAACCAGGGUCUGGCCGCAAGAACGGAGGAGCUGGCUCCAAAGGCAAGGACAAGAAGCUGUCUGGCACCGAGUCAGAGCAAGAGGACGAAUCUGAAGACAGUGAGACAGAUGGAGAUGAGGAGGACGGCUCUCAGUCAAGCACAAAUCUGCAGGCUGCAUCCAGGUUCCACAGCUCAAAUGCACCCCCUCAGUACAUGCAGAUGGGCAACAUGGUCUCCAUGGGCGGCAUGGCUCCAGCUCAACCCCAGGGCGGCAUGGCCUUUACGCCCCACCCCUCCAUGAUGAGCAUGGUGCCGCCUCCCCCUGCUCCUGCGCCGCACAAAAACGAGGAUGACGACGAAGACUAUGACUCUUAGCUCCCUUUUCCCUCCUCUUCCACACACUCAACAUAAUUUUUGAUUUCUUAAGACGAACCCGCAGCGGGGAAAGACUCUUCAUCACAGCCCUCGGGAGCCGGCUAAGAACGACACCGCUGCAGGAUAAGGAAAUAGGAACCUGGCUGUAUAUUAUGUGUUUUAAUUUUCUUUUUUAAAAAGGUUUUAUUUUAUUGUAGAGGAGGAUGUUUUUUAACAAGUCGGUCGCUCUAUUUUGAAUAUUAAAAUCAGCAGUCGUCACUGUUAUUUCGCCACAAGCCCCUGCAGACUGGAUAGGUGUGGGUUGUGUUUAUUUGUAGCUUUUUUCUUUUGGCACUUUCUUAAAUUCUCUGUAGUAGACGUAAUGAAGUGAACUCAAACAUUUAGGCCGGCUCAGAGAAAUCUAUAGGUGUUUAUCAAAGUCUUAUUGCAAAAUCAACCGUUUUUGGAAGUAUUUAGUGAGCAAUCAGCACUUUUUGAAGGAAAAGAAGCUCAUUGUCUCCCUGAUAAAGUCUUCUAUUACUGUGUUAUUGAUUGGCCAUGAAACACUGCUGUUCAAACGUGAGCCGUACUUCCCGGCUUUGUCACGACUCGCUGCUCAGUCCAAUUGUCAGGCUGUAACAUAAACAAGGAAGCAGGUGUAUUUUUACUAUAGGUUAAGUAACUACAGCUUUUUCUUUGCAUUAGUUUGUAUUUUUAAUUCACGUUUUUACCAGGAGAACUGUAAACCUUUCUCUGAAGUCAAACAUAUCAGCAGGUUAAUCAUUAGCUUCCACUUUGUUGUUGUUUUUGGCGCUCUCAGUGUCUGUAUUAUUAUUUUAUACGACCCGUUAACCCCCCCCCAAAUCACCCAUCUGAUUUAUACUGUGACUCGGACCAUAACUUUGUUUUUAAAGUUGUCUUUAGUCCUCCUUUGUUUCUAUUCUGGCCCUCCUUUGACAAAUUUCAGCAACUUUCUUCGUUAUUGUCGACAUUUUUUCCCUCUUUUAGCUUGUUUUAAAGUAUCAAUUGAAAGCAGAGGUGGGACUUCCCAUUUACAUGUCAGUCUCGGUAUGAAAUGUUUCCAAAUAGACAGUUGACACUGUAUUGUAAAACUUUUAACAUUCUUUUUAUUUUGUAUGGGUGAAAUAAAGUUCAUAUUUCAAUUUAAAAACCAA